AUGCAUGGGAGAGUUAAGGUUAUACAAACAGUUGAACAGGAACGCGCCAAGAAGCUGAAAAAGGAUCGCAUUUGCAAAGAAUUUUCUGAAGGAUGUGAAAAGCUCUGGGUCUGUCGUGAAAAUGGGGAUUUUAGUGAAGCACAGUUAAAGCAGAUUGCUUCUCUCAUAGAGUUAUCCGCAGACACGACCACACUAUGGAAUUAUAGACGUGAAGUACUGCUACACCUUAUGGAAAAGUAUUCCGAAGAUUCGAAAGAACUUUCGAAAUUACUGGAAUCCGAACUAGAUUUAACCACCCACUGUCUCUAUAACUCACCGAAAUCUUAUGCCGUUUGGUACCAUCGCUCCUGGAUUAUGAAUAAUCACCCCACUCCGAAUUGGGAAUCUGAAGUCAAGUUUUGCAACACAGCUUUAAAAAUAGACGAGAGGAAUUUCCAUUGUUGGGAUUAUCGUCGUUUUGUUGUAUCUAAGGGACGAAUUUCAACGGAGCUAGAGCUGGAGUUUACUGAUACUGCUGUAGAGAGAAACAUGAGUAAUUAUUCGGCAUGGCACUACCGUGGGGAACUUCUAGUUUCGUCAUCUAGUGCUUCUGGUGUUUCAUCUCCUUUAAGUCCACCGCCUAAUAUACAUGCUGAUAAAGCUUUCAGUCGACGACAACUUGACUUUUCGGUACCAAAUGAGGAGUUAGAUCUUGUUCACAAUGCAAUAUAUACAGAUCCAGCUGAUCAGAGUCCUUGGUUCUAUUAUUGGUGGCUGCUGGGUCGUGGAGAAAGGAAAGUUUAUCUCAGAGAGUUGUACAUUUCUCGUCAGUUGGGAAGAUUUGUGCUUGUAUUCAGUUCUGCGAAGCUAAUUCAAGCUGUUGAGCAGUUGCAAGUUUCUUUAAAAGUGUUCCCUUGCGACAGCAAUAUUUCUCACGCCAUAACUUUGACACCUGAACUUUUAGGUGGAUGGAACCCUGUUUUAGAUGAGCAGUUGUCAGCUGUUUGGUGGUUGCCACUUAAUCAAGAUCUCAUCUGUCGUUAUGCUCCUGAGACUGAUAAACAUCUCUACUAUUCUCGUCCUUGGAAUGUCGUUGCCCAUGUAUGCUUCCGGAGAGGUAAUGUUGAUGAACAAAAUGAGGUUUGGGAAAAUAAAUGUGAAAAUUCUGGUCGUUAUUUCUGCCUGCAGUGUUGCAUGGAUUCUCAUCAAAAUGAGUCGUUGACACGCGUUGCUCUAGAUCCCUUGAGGUUGUUAAACCCUAUGAUCUUACCCAAACACGACCCGGAAAAUUUAGUGACAGAACUGGAUACUGUUCGGGACUUAUUAUCCCUGGAACCAAAGAAUAAGUGGGCUUUGUUGACGUAUGUUAGCCUUCUUCGCUUUAUUAGACCACAUGGCUUCAAUGAAGAAGUGGAUAAAUCUUUGGAUAAAUUAGUGUUGGUCGAUCCUCAACGUUCUUCUUAUUAUGAACAUUUGCGAUCUUUGUAUGCUGCUAUGGAUGUUCUUGCUCGUGUAUAUGAAGAUCAAUCCAGAGAAGUAGUGCUACACAAUUUAGAUAUGCGUUGUUUUCAUAAUCUUGAUUGGUACACGUUAAUGACCAAAAUAGACUUUUCCAACAACUCAAUAGUACGAAUCCCGGAUACUUUCGCAUACCUUAUUUGCCUUUUGGAGUUGAAUUUAGAUGAUAACCAACUGAUAACUCUUCGUGGAAUUUCUCGCCUACCAUCUUUAACCAACCUUUCUGUUCAGCGCAACCGACUAUGCGAUUUUGAGUCGAUUGAAGAUUUGGUUCGUUGCCCUUGCCUUCGCACAGUGUACAUAAGUGGGAACGAAGUAGUCAAGUUAUCUGACUUGACUAAUUUGAUAUCACAACACCCUGAGUUUCAAAGACAGGGGCAUUCAUUCUCUUUGGUGUAUGACAAAACAGUUCACUCUUGA